AUGCAAGCAUUUUCCUUUGGGCUUUCAAGUAAUCUAUCAAUUCUUUUUUUAACUAUCCCAGUAGCGAAAAACGAAAAUCAUUUUCGUCUCUUUGCAUUUGAUGUGUUCCACCAUUCAAUCAAAUUGGCAAAAAUCUAUCAUUCUCUGUCUUUCUCGCUUUAUCUUUCACUCACCCACUCUCUUUUUCCUCUUUUUCUCAAUCUGUUUCUAUCUGCCUAUCAGUUAAUGCAUUUGUUUCAGCCUCUAUCUUUCUCUUUUUCUUCUUUUGUUUGCCACCCUGUCACUCAGCCUGUCUAUAUCUCUCUUAGUCAUAAACUCAUUCUCUCUUAUCUGCACGUUUCCCACUCUAUAAACUCUUCUAUGUUUUCUCUCUUUCUUAUUCUCUCUCUUCCUCUCCCUCCCUCAAUAUCAUUCUUCAUUUUGUCCCCCACUUCAUUUUGCUUUCUACUAUGUUUACUCCUCUAUCUCUCCAAAUUUCUCUUCUUUUUCUCCCACUGUCUUGCAUUCUACUUUUGUCUGCUCCUCGGUCUGUUUAUAUCACGCUCUCUUACUCAAAACCUCACUCUCUCUUACCUGCAUGCACCUCGCUAUAUGAUUUCUUUCUUUCUUUCUUUCUUUCUUUCUUUCUUUCUUUCUUUCUUUCUUUCUUUCUACUCCCUACUUUUGUUCGCCCAUUGUCUAGCUAUAUCUCUCUUCGUCCCAAACUCACUCUCAUUUAUCUUGCAUGCCUUCCACUCUAUAAGCGCCUGUAUGAAUUCUCUCUAUAUCUCACUUUCGUUCUCCCUCUCGCUAUCAAUCUUUAUUUGGUGCCCCCUCCCCUUCAUUUUGCUUUCUACUUUUGUUUGGCAUCUGUCUGCAUGUCAAAAACAGACACUCUCUUAUCUCCAUGUAUCUCGCUCUAUAAAUGAAUCUGUUAUGUCUCUUUCUUUUGUUCGUUCAUUCUCUCUUGCGUUCUCACUCUCUCUCUCUCUCUCUCUCUCUCUCUCUCUCUUCCUAUCCUCUCACAUUCAUUUAGCUUUCAACUUCUCCACAUCUAGGUGUUCUGCCUCUCUCACGCCCACUCCUUCUCUCUCAGUCCCUAUCAUUCUUCAUUUUGUCCCACACCCUCUUCAUUUUGCGUUCUACUUUUUUAUAUCUCUAUCUUUUUACAUUUCUCUGAAUCAAAAACUCACUGACUCGUAUCCGCAUUCGAUAAAUGCAUCUGUUCAUUCCCCCCACCUCUCUUUUUCUCUGACUUCCCCUCCGUAUCAUUAUCUUUUGUCCCCCACUCUCUUUCAUUUAACUUGCAACCCUCGUUCGCUCCUCUGUCUAUCUAUAUCUCUCUUAAUCAAAAACGCACUCUCUCUUAUCUCCAUGCGUCCCUCUCUAUAUGCACAUCUAUGCUUUCUCUCUCUCUUAUUCUCUCUUCCUCACUACCCUUCUUAUCAUUCUCUAUUUUUCCUCCUACUUCCUUUGAUUUUGCUUUCUAGUUUUUACCCGUCUCUCUCUCUCUACAUUUCUCUUAGUCAAAAACUCCCUCUUUCUUAUCUUCAUGCAUCAUCCCUCUAUAAACGCAUCUAUGCUUCCUUUCUCUCUCUCUCCCUUGUUCUUUCUUCCUCCCUGCCAUUUCCCUAUCAUGCUCUAUUUUUCUCCCUUUCAUUUUGA